AUGUAUCGUUAUCAUCCUUAUUCGAGCAAUCGCGGAGGAACAUUAAACAAAAGUGCCGGUCCAGGUGAUCAUGCUCCACAUAUUAAUUUUACUCAUGUUAAUGGUGAUAUUCAGAUUGAGCUGAAAAAAGUUAUUCAAUCAGGUGUAGAACGGUCAUUACUGCUAAUACCAGAGAAGUUCUUUGAAAUUUCACAUGAAAGUGACGAUAUAUUUGAAGCUGGAAAAGCAAUAGCUGGUUACCACGGAAAAAAUAGUGAAACACAUCCGCCUAGUGCUGUUGGACCUUUUAAAUUCAUACUUCGUUCUGACUAUGAUAAUGAUAAAUAUGAACAUAUGUAUGAAUGGGCAGUACCAAAUUCGCAGCUGAGAGUUAGUGUUCGUAAUCGUCGAAGUGAUGGAAAACGACCAAAAGACACACAAUUUGUUGUUGAAGUGCGUGUUUUCGGUUCAAAUGGUUUACCAACUGAUGAAGGAAUCAUGAUGGCAUGGCAUAACUUUAAUGCUGAUGAUUAUACACAAGGUUAUUAUCAAAGUAAAGCUAUGGUCGAUAGUAAUGGACAUGUUUUUUGGCCACCACCAGCGAAAUUUCGAUCAUCAUGUAAAAUUGAUGUCACUUUUUUUCCAUUUGAUGAUCAAUUAUGUAAGCUAAAAUUUGGUUCAUGGACAUAUGAUGCAGCUCAAGUUAAUUUAACAAAACGACGUGAUCAUGUUGAUAUGACAAAUUAUAUACGUUCGGGUGAAUGGCAUAUUGUUCAUAUUGAAAUAAAACGUAAUGAUGUUACUUAUCCAUGUUGUCCUGAAAUUUAUUAUCCCGAUGUAACAAUUUAUGUUCAUAUCCGUCGUCGUGUAUUAUAUUAUCUGUUUAAUAUAAUAUUUCCUUGUAUAUGGCUUUCAAUUCUUUCAUUGCUCGGAUUUUGGCUUCCACCAGAUUCGGGAGAAAAGAUAACACUUGGUAUAACUGUACUUCUUGCUUUUUCUGUUUUUAUGUUAUUAAUUGCUGAAUCAAUGCCAGCAACAAGUGAAAUGGUUCCGCUUAUAGAAAUCUAUUUAACUAUUGUUAUGGCAUUGACAUCAUUAUCAAUUGUACUUACUGUUUAUGUACUUCAAUUACAUCAUUCGGGUCCUGUUGUUAUUCCUAUUCCACAUUCAUUUAAAUAUUCAUUAGUUCGAUAUGUAGUACCUGUGAUUCGAAUGAAAAAAGUUGUUGAAACUUAUGCACAAGAACAUAAUUUAAUUGAAACAGAUGAAGUUUAUCAAUGUUUUGCUAAACCAAAAACAAAACCAAUCGAUAGUCCAUUAAUUAAUAAUAAAAAGAAUUUUAUUUUUGAAAAAAAAAAGAAUAUCAAAUAUCGACAAAACAAUUCUUAUCGAGAAGAACCUCAAUGUAAUGAUAAUGAUAAUGAUAAUGAUGAUGAUGAUGAUGAUGAUAAAGAAAUAAUGAAAGAAUUUUUAUCGAAUCCAUCAUUAUGUAAUGGUGAUAUUCGUUCAGUACCAUCAUUUAAUAAACGUUCUCCUAAUCAACAUCAUCAUCGUUCUCGUUCACGUGUUCCUCAAAUAGUUCUUAUUCCUCAACAAUCUCAUCCAUUGUCAUCAUCACCAAGAAAUCUUAUUAAUCAUACACAAUAUGAAUGUUUUAAUUCUAAUAUGUCUUUACUUGAAAAACAUUUAAAACAUUUAAUUAAUAAACAAAAACAUGAAGAAGAAAAAAAUGAAAUAAUUAAUGAAUGGAAAUUAAUGGCACUUAUUAUGGAUAGAUUAUUAUUUUGGAUUUUUACAUCUUUAACUAUUUUAAGUACACUUUUAUGUUUAAUUAUAAUUCCAUGUUUAAAAAAUGUUGGAUUUAUACCAGCAUUAUCGAAAGAUUUGACUAUGGAUUAUAAAUCAGUAGAAACAUUAAGAAAUGUUGUUGAAGAACAAAUAAAACCAAAUCUUACCGGAACAUCAGGAUGA